CGACGAUCCAUUCAAGCCAGCAAGUUUGGAGAGCGUGUGGAGUUUAAUCAAUUCAUAACGUCGAGAUGGAGCCGAACUCACUGAAGUGGGUGGGCUCGUCUUGCGGUUUACAUGGACCAUAUAUAUUCUAUAAAGCCUUUAAAUUUGCCCGGGACGACAAAGCGAGAAUCCUCGCUCUCGGAGACUUUUUCUUCGUCAGAUGCAAACCGGAGGAUCCUAUAUGCAUAGCGGAGCUCCAGCUUCUCUGGGAGGAAAGAACGAGCAAGCAACUUUUAUCCAGCUCCAAACUUUAUUUCCUACCCGAGGAUACUCCCCAGGGACGAUCCGUCGCUCACGGAGAGCACGAGGUGAUCGCUGUGUCAGAGAAAGUGAUCGUACGGCUUCAGGACCUGGUGAAGUGGACGGUACCGGACUUCUCGGGAUGGAACAACGGUCUGAAGGUGGAGCCUCUCAAGCCCUCAGUGCUCCGCGAGCUGGGGACCAACGGGAGGCGCGAGGCCCUCCACCGCUACCGGGAGAGCACCCUGACCAGCGGGCUCAACUUCAAGGAUGUCCAGAGGGAGCGAGCACAUCUGGGCCAAGAAGAGGACGGGCGGAAGGUUUUAGUCCUCAGUUACCCCCAGUACUGUCGCUACCGCUCCGUUCUGGCUCGGCUCAGAGAGCAGCCCUCCCUGCUGCUCAUAGACCACACGGUGCUGGCGCUGGGCGGCAUUGCUGCGCUGGGCGGAAACACGCGGAUCCUGUACUGCCGCGACACCUUCGAACACCCCACCCUGCUGCAGAACGAGAGCAUCUGCGAUGAGUUCGCUCCCAACCUGAAAGGGCGACCUCGAAAGAAGAAGCUGUCCAUCUCUCAGAGGAGGGACUCCCAGGGUCAGGCUGCGGGUCAGGGCUCGUCAGGGUCCACCCAGGGUUCAGCAGCUGUGGCAGCUCAGGACCCCUCGAGCCCGGAGAGCAAAACUACAACCAAGGUCAAGCCCGGCUGUAGAACGGUACCCAACGGAAAGCUAAGCACACCGGGCAAACAAAAGCCCGCCGGCCUCAAUAAGAAGUCCUCGCCCGAUGAGAAGGAGCGAGGAAAGGAGAAGGAAAAGGAGGAGAGGAGUGAGAAAAAGGAGAAAAGGAAAGAUGAGGAAACAUCAGAGGAGAGCCGCGCCGAGGAGCAGGCUUUCUUGGUAGAGCUCUACAAGUACAUGAAAGAACGAGACACGCCCAUAGAGAGGAUCCCCUUCCUCGGCUUCAAACAGAUCAACCUUUGGACUAUGUUUCAAGCUGCUCAGAAACUCGGAGGAUAUGAGUUGAUCACGGUGCGCAGGCAGUGGAAGCACGUAUAUGAUGAAUUGGGCGGAAACCCCAGCAGCACAAGCGCCGCCACGUGUACGCGAAGACACUAUGAAAGACUCCUCCUUCCUUAUGAGCGGCACCUUAAAGGGGAACAGGACAAGCCCCUCCCCCUGGCCAAACCCAGGAAGCAGGAGAGCAGCCAAGAGAAGGCGCCUGGAGCCGGAGCCAAGGUGAAAGUGGUAGGGGCCAAGAAACUGAAAGGCCCCCACCCCCCUAAGCUGGGCAGUAAAAAGGAAAGAGGAGAGGCGGAACAAGAACAAACACAGGAGUCAAAGGUGAAAGACGAGAACCAGGAGAUCUCCACAGCCAUAAAAAAGGAUGUUUCUCUCCAAGAUGAAGCGAUUGUAAUAGAGGAGGAAGAGUUACAUGUCACCCUGAAGAAAGAGGAGUCGUUGGCGGUGGAGCAGCCGUCGUUACUCUGCCCCAAAGAAUCUGACUGCAGACCCCCCCACGGCGGUUUCCCUCUCCACACGGGGCCUUCUCCCCAGCCAGAAUGGAGGCAAAUCAGCGAGGCCUUCCAAGCGAAGCUGGCGGGCGAACAGCAAACCGAAGGGCAUUUCAUUCCAAAACAUUCUUACCUACUUCACCGCUGGGACCAGAGUAAAGCGGCUGGACAUGUGGCCCUGCCUGAGCACAUCUCCAAGGUCAAAGACUGCAUUGAGAAUCACGGUGGGAGGGUGGGGAAGGUGCUGCCCAUGUGUAAGCAGGUGGAUGGACAGUGUAUCGAUUUGAGCACAGAUUCCUACUCGGAGAAGGAGGACUAUGGGCCGAUAAAGAAGGAGUCGACCCAGGGCACGGGACAGACGGCUGCCUACUGCAAGGCCAACCAGGGGGUCAUGUCUCCUUUGGCCAAAAAGAAACUCCUCUCCCAGGUGUGUGAGGCCAACCCUUACUCUUACUCCUCCCUUCAGUCUCCACCUCCCGCAGCUGUGUCCUCUCUCCAUCGAGGCGAUCGAGAGAAGGAGAGGAGAACGAGCGAAGAAGAGGCGAUGGGACAAAGGUACAAGGGUGCGUCAGACAGCAUCCCUGAGGUCUCGCCCGUAUUCAGGCCGUCGGUGAUCCAGCACGCACAGAGCAGCAAGGCCAACCAGCAGGCCACCGGCGGGCCGGCGGAGAGGAGCGCCGCUGCUGAGCUUUCAGACUCUUACAGCCGCACCAGCCAUCAGCUUCAGCCUCAGGCCAGCGUGCCGUGGCAGCCGUACCUCCCCGCGGCCCAAACCCAGGACGGCGCAGAGACUGCUGGGGAGAAAGCCCUCCAAGGUCCGGUGGCUCAGUCCAGGAGCUACACAGGGGACUGCUACUCAUCCCCUCACCUUCACAGCUUGUACAGACAGACUGAGAGCUGCCUGAGCCAAGAGAGGAUGGCUAGCUUUGCUGGAGGAGAGCGGAGAGAGCACUACAGCCGGGAGCGCGAGGGCGGCCAAGGCUUUGUUUGUGGCGGUCUGGAGCAGGAGGGCUUGGCGUACAGAUCUCACUACAGUGAAAGGACUCGGACGCAGGGAGAGAACGGGGAGGCCGAAGAUGAACCCAGAGACUUUUCUAUUUCAAAACCUUUAUCUCAGAGGAUUUCGUCCUUCUCCAAGCCCUCUUUCUGUAGUCUCUCUUAUCCCAUCAUGCACCACGGUUUGGAUUCUCAUCCUAAAGCAUGCAGAGUCUCGCCUAUGACAAUCUCUACCCCCAAGCAAAGCUCACCCGAUACUCCUCAGCCAUUUCCCAGCCCCAAAGCUUCAGGUGAACUGUCCCUCGGCAGUCCCAUUCGACCCAACAAGCGCAGCCUGGUGGAGGCGGAGAGCGAAGACCCCCCGGAAAGGAAGGUGCGCGUGGUGACCCCAAUUCACCCCGCCAGCACGGUCCGGCGGAGCGACCCCGAGGAGCUGAAACCUGCUGAGCCAGCCCACGGCAUUCACCUCAACAAUCAUCUCCCCGAUGGCCACUCAGCAGCGACCUUCCCCCCACCCCACACUGCACACCUCUAUGCUGGCAUUUACCCACACGGCACCCUGGUCUCGGCAGGCGCUCAGGACGGGCUCCAGCAGCAGCACCCAGGCCUGCAGUACCUGAAAAGCCAGUCGGCUGUGUCCCCCCUCAUGCCCCCCUUCGCCAUCCACUCCAUGAUGCUCCACAGGCAGCUGCUGGCCUCCAGCCCCAGCCCCCACCACCUCUACAGGUACCCGGGUGGGGCGGCACUGUACGGAGAGCUGUUGCACCACCUCUACCCUCUGUCGACGCUCCCGCCGCCUCAGCUGUCGUCUGUACACCCCAGCACCAGACUUUGAGGGAGAGAAAAACAUUUUUUUUGUUUUUUUUUUGUUUUCUCCACUCUCAUUGUGGAGAGUUUGGCUUAUUUUCAUUCACAUCGUGGCUCAAGUCGAGGCAAAGCUCGGAUCAUACCUUUUGCUGAUGACAAACUGCUUAAAUCCAUCGCUCAGACUGCAAAUUCCAAUUUUUUUUUAAUCUGUGUAUGCCUUUGUUAAUAUACUUUGCACUGUUCUUUAUUUUUUAUCACCACUUACUGUAUCUCGUUGUUGCUUUUGUAACCUAUUUGCACAAUGCUCGUGUGUGUAUAUGCUCACAGAUCAGUUCGCCACUCUCAGCGACCGCGAGUCCGGUUUGUUGCUCUGGAACAUGAGAGGUGGAGGGAAGCAGAGAAAAGCCAUUUGUUUACUGUGUCUGAGGGCUAAACUGCGUUGCCUAAAAACACUACAUGUAAUAUGACAAUGAAAUACAAAACUUUAAAUAACCUUAGUAUGUGAGUUCAUAACUGCAAACAGGCUUGGGUCGGCAUGAGAUUCUUAGGGGACGACUAGCUUGAGUAACAGUACCACAGUUUUUCGGUAUUGACGCAAACAUUAGAGCGAGAAUGUAUGCCAUAAUCCAAUUUCUUUCAUUAAAAACAAAAAAGCUAAACAUUAUUCAUACUGCUGCUAAAUUAUUACGUUAAUCGUUACAGUUAGAAUCAAGUUAUGGCAACGCACAUCAGCAACUUCAAACUUCAGAGAAAGUACGCCUCUGUUUUUGUCCAUCAAACAACCCGCACCAACAGUGUCUAGUUGGUAGCCGAUAAUCCUGGAUUAAAAUCACAGCGUCCAAGCUUUUCCAAGGCUGGAGUCAUGUAACCUUUUCUUUCUCAGCGCGCUUCAGCUCAAUGCAUGUUAAAGGAGUCGUUUGACGAGCAUUAAUUGGCACAUCUGAUGCACACCCCCUUUACUUGUAACAUUUAUUCAUGAUUUUUGAUAGUAAUACAAAAUCUCACGAACAAAUAUAGAACCAACACUAAGUUUAGUAGCAGUUUUCAAGUGCUCGCUGUGUAAAAUGCUGCUUUGUUGUUCCCGUUCUGCUCUUUAUAGAGUAACACAAGUAAGUAUAACUAGCUGAUAUUAGCUGGUUAAUUAGUCAGGCUGUCUGCUCUGGUAGUCUGAAAUCACCGGCUUAACAUACCGUCAUUCUGUGUAUUUCAAAAUGGGAAAACAUCUUCAAGCAACUAACCUUACCUUUAACUGAGGAUAAAGUUUAGCAACCUCCUUUCGUCCAGCUAACCAGCAGUGUGCAGCAUCAGUUUGGGGAAAGACAGCAUUGUGUUAAUUUACAGGCCUGGAGGAAAAAAAGUCACCGGCACAAAGAUUUCCUAAUUUUGCUAUGAAUAGGCCUGUGUGUAAAGUGUGGCUCACCUCGAUGCAUGACCACGCCCCUAGACGAAUUUUAAAAUAUGCCACCAAAGUGGGCUGUGCCAAGAGACCCUGAGCGGUGGGUGUUAAGCAGGGCUGUGGUUAGGAAGAGGGAAAGUCAGGUUGAAGGAUUUAAGACUCUCUGGUCUAAAAGUUACCGGACCAAUCACUGUGCGGGAGGCGGGAGUGUAUGAUGCGUCACUCUUUACCCAUAAUGCACCAGCACUUGUCUGUAACCAUAACAGUGAAGAUGGUGGCCGCAGUAGAGCGUUAUUUUAUUGAUGCCCCUUUAUUAUGGGCUGAAUGAGCUGGAUAUAUCUUUAAAAACUCAACAACUGGCUGCUCUAGGAGCUAAAACAGAACGUGUUACUUUGAGUUUGCGUCGCAUUCUCUGAUUGGCCCUAACCUGUUUUCGCUGACGCUGCUAAUCCCGCCUUUAAAACUGGCCUCUAAGGGCUGCUUUCCAAACUGAUGUGCUGUGUUUACGGUGUGAGUCAAGUCUGACUGGCCGGGCCAGCUUUGUGGAGCUCAGCCAGGCUGAACCCUAUUAUCAGUUCGAGGAAAGAAUGGGUGCAGUUUCUGGGUGGUAAAGUGAUGUUAACAGCAUCACUGCUGACAUUGGCUAACGUAAAAA